GGAAAGGAAACCCUCAGGUUUACUGUACUGGACAAGGGGACCCUUCGUUGCAGAGAAAUUAGGUCCGGCGGGAAUUCAAAUCCGGUCAUCUGCGACGACGGAACAGAUUGCUUUCAAAAGGAGGUGAGUUUGUUCUAUCAUUAGUUAUUACAUUGAUUUCGAUUCCCAUGAUAUAUCUUCUCUGCAAGACUGCUCUCCAUGGGAGGCCGAGUAUGGCAGCCUCGCCAUUUUUCAGACGUUUCUGCAUUCUCCGAAGCUACCCAUCAAAGUUAUCUCUCAGAUUCGUCUCAACCACUUCGAAUCAGAAUUCCUUUACGCUAUCGUAUCUCAUCAACGCUUGUGGGUUCUCACCGGAAUCUGCUUCCCUGGCUUCUGCUACAUUGGCUUCCAAGGGUAUCCUAUUUGAGACCCCUGAUAAACCCGAUUCUGUCAUUGCUUUCUUCAAGAACCUUGGGAUCUCGAAAACCCAGAUUGCAAGCAUCAUCAAGAAGAGGCCCGAGCUUCUGGUUUUCGAUACUGAGAAAACCCUUUUGCCCAAAGUUGAGUUUCUUCGCUCUAGAGGUUUUUCAAGCUCUGACCUUGCCACAAUCUUGUCCCUAAACCCACAUCUUUUGGCAAGAAGCUUGGAGAAUCACAUCAUUCCUUCUUUUAAUAUUUUCAGUAAUAACCUUUCAUUGCCUGAUGAGAGUGCUUUCAAAGCUAUAAAACGCUUUCCGCGAAUUCUCACAAUGCAGCUUGAAGAUGAACUGCUACCCAACAUUAACACUCUGAGGGAAAUUGGAGUGCGUGAAUCGCAUAUUGUUAACAUUUUUAGGCUGCAUCCAAGGACAUUCUGGAUGGAUCAGGGUGCCUUCAAGGAGAUUAUUGAUCAAGUACAGAAAAUGGGGUUUCAUCCUUCAACACUGAAUUUUGUUUCGGCAAUUCGUGUAUUAAGGUCUCUUUCUAGAUCAAAAUGGGAGUGGAAGGUCGAAAUUUAUAAGAAGUUGGGUUGGACUGAGGAAGACGUUUUGAAAGCCUUUAAAUUGGAUCCAACUUGCAUGUUUAGCUCUGCAGAAAAGAUUAUUGCUGUCAUGGAUUUUCUUGUGAACAAAAUGGGUAUCCAACCUUCGGUUGUUGCCAAAGCCCCGGUUGUUCUUAAAUUGAGCCUGGAGAAGAGAAUUAUUCCGAGGGGUUUGUUUGCUCAACAUCUUAUGUCUAAGGGUUUGGUUAAGAACUUUAGCUUGCAAACAUUGUUUUAUACUACGGAGGAAUCAUUCCUUCAAAAGUUUGUGAACUGCCAUGAAGAGAAGAAAGCUUCUGAGCUGUUGAAGCUGUAUGAACAAAAACUGGGUCUUCCAAGAUGAGGGCUAAAUGUGCAAGCAGGGGGUAGGACAAGUCCAAGAUCUGGGUUAUCCCCCUACAUUAUGAUAUAUCAUUGAAUGUUCUUGAUAGUUGCUAGAUUGGGCAGGCACGGGGCCUGCAUUUUGCAGAAUGUUUAAAUUCUGAUUUAGACUCUCUGUAAAAUUCGACAUUGAUCUAAUAGAAUUCUAUAAUGUUA